CGGAGGGACAGUGCCCCGGGGGCAGGGGCGGCUCGCUCCGGGGCUGCUGCAGGAACGUGCCCCGCCUGGCCCGCAGGAAGAGCGGUAUCGGAGGAAGUAGGGGGUCCCGGAGGGGAACCCGCCUCCGGCUCUGUCCACCGAGGUCACCGCUCCGCACCGCACCUCGGGCGGGGCUGGGAGGUCACCGGCGGGCGGGAGACGCCGGGAGCCACUGGGGCUAGUGGUGGGCGGGCGGACGCAGCCGGAGCCCCGCGCAGACGCCGUCCGCCCCAUCGGACCUUGCCUCGGUGGGACGCCUUUGCCGCGCCUCCCAGGCGCCGGGCCCAGGAGACCGAGCGUGCCCCUCCCGGAGGUGCCGUCAGGGCCAGCACGUGCCCGGUGGCCCUGGCGCCUCGCGUGGGAAGGUCACCUUUCCACUUUGCGGGGGUCUGCGCCCGCGCGUUCCCGGGCGGGCGGGUGGGGGGCGCGGGCACGUCCCCGGGCUGGGACUGCGGACCGCUGGCGCCUCCUCAUGACCGACGUGGGGAAGAUUCUUGCGUGGGAGGCAGACGGGGAAGGGUGUCGCACCGGCCUCGGGCGUCUCCUCAUCCGCUGGGGACCCUGCGGACACGUGGCGCCUGGCGCGCAGGGACCCCAAGUACGGGUCGCGGGCCAGCCCCCGCGAGGAGGAGCAGACGGGCUUGGCCUCCGCUUCGGCCCUGGCUGAGAUGCAGGCCGAGAUCCGGAUGUUCCUGCUCGUGCCCCUGCUGCUGGCCCCGGCCCCUGGGUCCUCGGCUCCCAAGGUGAGGCGGCAGAGUGACCUCUGGGGCCCCUGGGGCACCUGGGGCCCCUGCAGCCGGACCUGCGGAGGGGGCAUCAGCUUCCGGGAGCGCCCCUGCUACUCCCAGAGGACAGACGGAGGCUCCAGCUGUGUGGGCCCUGUCCGGAGCCACCGUUCUUGCCACACUGAGAGUUGCCCCACCGGUGCCAGGGACUUCCGGGCCGAGCAGUGUGCCCAGUUCGACGGCCAGGACUUCCAGGGAAAGCGUUACAAAUGGCUGCCCUACUAUGGGGCCCCGAACAAGUGUGAGCUGAACUGCAUUCCCAAGGGGGAGAACUUCUACUACAAGCACAGGGAGGCUGUCGUGGACGGGACGCCCUGCGAGCCUGGCAAACGGGACGUGUGUGUGGAGGGCAGCUGCAGGGCCGUUGGCUGUGACCACAACCUAGACUCAUCAAAGGAGGAGGACAAGUGUCUGCAGUGUGGGGGUGAUGGCACCACCUGCUACCCUGUCACAGGCACCUUUGAUGCCAAUGACCUCAGCAGAGGCUACAACCAGAUCCUCAUAAUUCCCUCGGGGGCUACCAGCAUCCGGGUGGAGGAGGCGGCCGCCAGCAGGAAUUUCCUGGCGGUGAAGAGCAUCCGUGGCGAAUACUACCUCAACGGGCACUGGACCAUCGGGGGUGCCUGGGCCCUGCCUGUGGCCAGCACUGUCCUGCACUACGAGCGAGGGGCCGAGGGGGACCUGGCGCCUGAGCGGCUCCUGGCUCGUGGCCCCACCUCAGAGCCCCUAGUCAUUGAGCUCCUCAGCCAGGAGCCCAACCCAGGCGUGAGCUACGAGUACCACCUGCCCCUGGGCAGCCCCCGGGCCGGCUUCCACUGGAGCCACGGCUCGUGGAGUGACUGCAGCACCGAGUGCGGUGGAGGUCACCAGUCCCGCCCAGUGUUCUGCACCACUGACAACGAGGUCUACCCUGACCACAUGUGCCAGCCCCAGCUGCGGCCGACUGACCACCGCCCCUGCAGCACUCACCCCUGUCCGCAGACCAAGCGGACCUCUUACCUGCACCAGCCCAGAGCGUGGCACCUUGCUGGGGCCCAGCGUGCCUGCAGGAACAGCUGGAAGACGGGGCCCUGGUCGCCCUGCUCAGCCUCCUGUGGCGGCGGCUCCCAGUCCCGCUCUGUCUACUGCGUCUUGUCUGAUGGGGCUGGCGUCCAGGAGGCCACUGAGGAGGCCGGGUGUGCAGGCCUGCCCGGGAAGCCCCCCACCAUGCGGCCUUGCAACCUGCAGCGCUGUGCAUCCUGGAGCGCGGAGCCCUGGGGAGAGUGUUCUGUCAGCUGUGGUGCCGGGAUCCGGAAGCGGAGUGUCACUUGCCGGGGCGACGAGGGGUCUCUGCUCCAGGCGACAGCGUGCUCCUUGGAGGACCGCCCCCCCGUCUCUGAGCCCUGCGUGCAUGAAGACUGUCCCCCCGUCAGCGACCAGGCCUGGCAUGUGGGCGCCUGGGGUCUAUGCUCCAAGAGCUGCAGCUCGGGCACUCGGCGUCGCCAGGUCGUCUGUGCCCUCGGGCCGCCCAGCCGCUGUGGGAGCCUGGCGCAGUCCAAGCCUGGGGAGGUGGAGCCCUGUAACACACAGCCCUGCCACCUUCCUCCAGGCGUCCCCAGCAUGCAGGACAUGCACACCAGCCCCAGGGAUCCUCGCAUAUCUCUGGGGCCUCAGGCGGCCCCCACCUCAGAUUCCAGAGGCCAGUGGUGGGCCCGUCAAGAGCAGCCCUCGGCCCAAGGAAACCCCACAGGAGCCCAGGGCCUCCACCUGCCAGCCCCAGCCCCCUCUUUUCAGCAAUCCCCACACAGACAGUCUGGCUUGGCACCCCACAACUGCAGACUCAGCCCCUAUGGGUGCUGUCCUGAUGGCCACACUGUAUCUCUUGGGCCACAGUGGCAGGGCUGUCCUGGGGCCUCAUGUCAGCAGAGCAGGUACGGGUGCUGCCCUGAUGGGGUGUCUGUGGCUGAGGGGCCCCAUCAAGCUGGCUGUGCAGCAUCUUACAGCAGUGAUAAGACCGGGAGAAGGCCGGUGUCGAGAGCAGUGGCUUCCACAUCUGGGUUUCCUCCGCAGGCUCCCAAGGCCCACCAGCCCCAGGCUCAGCAGAAGGAGCCCAGUGAGUGCCAGGGCUCCCGGUUUGGCUGUUGCUAUGAUAAUGUGGCCUCUGCUGCUGGUCCUCUUGGGGAAGGCUGUGUGGGCCAGCCCGGCUAUGCCUACCCUGUGCGGUGCCUGCUGCCCAGUGCCCAUGGUUCCUGCACGGACUGGGCCGCCCGCUGGUACUUCGUCCCCUCCGUGGGCCAGUGUAACCGCUUCUGGUAUGGCGGGUGCCAUGGCAACGGCAAUAACUUUGCCUCCGAAGAGGAGUGCGUGAGCAGCUGCCGGGGACGUCAACAGGAGCCCCCCAGACCUGAGCCUGGGGCCUCUGGCCAGAGCACCCAUAGAGACGGUGGUGGCAGCGGUCCUGGAGGCCAGCAAGAGGCUGGCGGGCACAGGACGGGGGCCACAGUCCAGACGAGGCCCUUGCCUUCUGGUGGCCUCUGGUGGCGAGACCGAGAGCCUGGGCCUGGAGAGGAGGGCCACGCCCAGGCCUUUGGAGAGAGGCCCCUGGGCCAGGAGCUUGGGCCCAGUGCCCCUGGACUGGGCGGAGAUGCCGGGAGGCCAGCGGCGCCCUCCCACAGCUCUUCCUACAGGAUCAGCUUGGCAGGCUCAGAGCCAGCCCUGGUGCAGGCGGCCCUGGGGCACUUAGUGCGCCUCUUCUGUCAAGACGACACCUCCCCGGAGCCCCAUGCCAGGUGGCAGAAAGAUGGGCGGCCCAUCUCCUCUGACAGGCACAAGCUGCAGCCCGAUGGCUCCCUGGUCAUCAGUCCCCUGCGGGCAGAGGACACUGGCACCUACAGCUGUGGCAGCAGCAGGCCAGGCCGUGACUCUCAGAAGAUCCAGCUUCGUGUCACAGGGGGUGACGUGGCCGUGCUGUCUGAGGCUGAGCCAAGGCCCUUCCCUCAGACCAGGGACCCAGCCCAGGGCCACAGUCCUCGGGAGUCCAGCCUAGUGGGGAACGCGGGGGGCCUGGGGGCCGUCUCCUCCCUGCAGAUUCGGCCCACGACCAGGCUGCUUCUGGACAGGAACCAGCCUAGGGUGGUGGACGCCCAUCCAGGUCAGCGGAUCUGGUUGACCUGUCGUGCUGAGGGCUUCCCACCCCCAGCCAUUGAGUGGCAAAGAGAUGGGCAGCCCCUCUCUUCCCCCAGACACCAGCUGCAGCCCGAUGGCUCUCUGGUCAUCAGCCACGUGGCUCUGGAAGAUGGCGGCUUCUAUGCCUGUGUCGCUUUCAACGGGCAGGACCGAGACCAGAGAUGGGUCCAGCUCAGAGUUCUGGGGGAGCUGGCCAUCACAGAGCUGCCCUCUACUAUGCUGGUGCCAGAGGGUGACACGGCCAGGCUGCUAUGCGUGGUGACAGGAGAAAGUGUAAACAUCAGGUGGUCCAGGAAUGGGCUGCCGGUGCGGGCCGACGGGCAUCGAGUCUACCAGUCCCCAGAUGGCACACUGCUGAUCCACAACCUGCAGCCCAGAGACGAGGGCUCCUACACGUGCAGUGCCUACCGUGGAAGCCAGGCAGUCAGCCGCAGCACGGAGGUGAAGGUGGGCCCGCCGGCACUGGCAGCCCAGUCCAGGGACCUCAGCAGGGAGUGUAUGGAUCAGCCUGAGCUGGCCAACUGUGAUUUGAUCCUGCAGGCCCAGCUCUGUGGCAACGAGUAUUACUCCAGCUUCUGCUGUGCUAGCUGUUCCCGCUUCCAGCCUCACGCUCGGCCGGUCUGGCAGCAGGGAUGAAGGCUAGCUCCAGCCCCAGUCCUGAAGCAAGUCUCAGGCUGCUGUCUCUAGCUGGCAAAGGGAGCGAUCUUCUAGAGAAUGGGCUCUUUCGGCCCCCGACCCCCAGCCCCCCCCCACCCCACAGUGCUGUGCCUCAGCAGCAGACAGCACCUGCCUCGCUUCCGACACUACAGGCAGCGGUCAAGAGGAGUCUGCUUGGAUAAGGACACCCUUUACUUUACGGCUUCCUUCUAUAAUUUCUGUUAUACAGGAUCAAUUCACUGGGUUCUAAAGCAAGCUACCAGGGUUCUCACUUCAUUUAAAGCUGGGUGGGGAGGUGUGUAAUGGGUUCAAAGUUAACACCUGUCUCACACGGGCACGCUAACUCUUGCUGUGUCAGGCAAGUUUCUUUGCUAGAACUCCAUCUCAUCUAGUGUCAAACAGUGGUCCAUUAGUCAACCUCCCCCUUCCAGGUAGUGUAGCAACCAGCUUCAACUCGCAUCUGUACAUACAGUUAAUGGCAGGUUUGUGAAGCUCUUGCCAAAGUGGAACACGACAUGUAAGGCUCAGUACAGGGAUGUGGGAUGAAGGAGCGGCAGCUGCGUUAUUGUGUGAGCAUGACAGGAUGGGGUCGGGGGGAGCUCCUUACUUUCAUCAGAAGCUGGUGCCUGAAGCCCUCCUCCUGAGGCUGACCUGCAGAGCCUGGUGGUGAGGACUGCCUCACACCUGCAUCAAGCUGACAGACCUGUUCUGUACAGUGACCAACUGGGAGCCUCUCCUCCCCAAGCAGGAAUCUGUGAAGCAAAAUGUUUGCUUCCAGAUACAAAUCAGACUAUUAAAAACAGGCAGCAGCAGGAUAGGGGGCCAAUGGAGGGGAAGGCAAUGUAUUAACAAUGAAGGGAUUUCAGUUGGAAGAAAUCCUUCUCCAUCCCUCAGAACCUCUGGUUCCUUGCUGCUAAACAAGAGGCCUGGAUUCAAUGAGCUUCCAGGUCCCUUUCCACUUUAACCUUCUACCCAUCCUCCAGUAGACUGGCUGGGCUAAGCCAAGGCUAAGCGACAGGUUAUUCUGGGACCCAGGAAAGACAGGCAUUAUAGGGAAAGCUGACUUUUAUUACCAACACACUGGCUGGAAAAGAGACAAACUGCAUCAUGGGUGAGUGAUACUUCUUCGUCUACCUCUCAUUCAGCACAGGAAACAUGGGUUAGGGGCAGAGGUAUUUUUUUCUUUCCAUUUAAAAAAAAGACAGAGGAGCAUCCCCUUUCAUUUAUCAUGGCUGGUUUUGCUAUACAAAUUGGAAACUAAGGGCUAUUUUCCUGGACUCCCCAAUUCCUUAUUUGCCAAUUGGCAACGUAAUUUAGAAGGUAAGUCUGAGGUUAGCUAGCUCUUCUUAGAACUAGUCACAGAAGAGCGGGCCAAGGUUAGGGAAACAAUAAAACUCAAUCUAGACAAGUGGUUCUCAACCCUCUUCCAUACUGGAAGCUUUUUCUUUAAAAAACAAAACAAAACAAAAAAACACCCUGAGCAGCACCUGGGUGGCUCAGUCAGGUUAAGUAUCUGACUUUGGCUCAGGUCAUGAUUUCACAGUUUGUGAGUUUGAGCCCUUCAUCAGGCUCUGUGCUGACAACUCAGAGCCUGGAGCCUGGUUCAGAUUCUGGGUUUCCCUCUCUCUCUCUCUCUCUCUCUGCCCCUCGCCCACUUGCACUCUCUCUCUCAAAAAUAAAUAUAUAUAUAAAAAAUACCUGAAUGUGGGUCCCCACCUGCUCCCCGACAUGAGAAUUUUAAAAGCUUCCCAGGUGGUUCUAAUACAUAUCCAACGCUGAGACUCACUGCUUCAGUCAGGGCCUUCUCAGAAUGUGAAUCUUGUUCCAGUGUAGAUUCUGAUUACUAGGUCGGGGGGGUCAGGGGUGGGGCUGAGAGUCUUCACUCCUAGGUGAAGUCCAUGCUCUUGUUCCAGACCACACUUUGAGCAGUAAGGAUCUGACAUCAGAGAUAUGCUUAGGAUGAACCAAAGCCUAAAGUAUAAAUACAAAAGUGAAUUUUAAGAGUAGACUAGUCCUGAUGGGCACAAUAGAUAAAGGGGACUAAGAGGUACAAUCUUCUGGUUGUAAGUCACAGAGAUGAAAGGUAUAGCAGAGAGAAUGUAGUCAACAAUACUGUAAUAACAUGUGUGGUGACAGAUGGUGACCACACUUAUUGUGAGCACUGUGUAAUGUAUACAAUUAUCAGAUCAAUAUGUUGUACACCUGAAGUUAACAUUGUAUGCAAAUUAUACUUCAAUAAUAAAAAAAAACAUCCCAAUAAAAGAUUUUCUAGACAUCAAACUGGAGUUCAGCAGAAUGGAGCAAGAACAGACCAAAAAGAACUAAAACACAUUUACUAAUAAAGAAAAGGGGAAAGACCAGCCCUUCAGGGGCAAAAGCUUCUACCACGAACAUUUAUUUUUGUUAAAGCAGAUUAUAAAUUCUCAUCAGUACAAAUAUAUAUAACUUACAUUUGAUUGUAAGGCCAACGUUCAAAAGUAAAAAUGAGAUGGGAUCUCACGUCGUUACCAGAGGUCAAGUGGCUACAACUGGCAACGGGAUGCUCUCACCACAAGUGGGGGGACCGGCUCACACACAGCUAUUAAACCAGAAUCUCCAUCCCCACAAAGCUGGUGGGGACAAAAUCUAAAGGACAAAACAAAACCCGAGACCCACAUGACAAAUCAACACAGUAACCUGUGCUCCCGUCCAUGGAUAUGAUUAAGUCACUGUCACCUUAGUGUUAAAACAAAAGUAGAGGAUUAACAUAAGGAAACUGCAGCAGUAUAUAAAAGAAAAUACGUAUUCUCUGUAGAAUGUAUUCAGACUGAUUCCAUUAAAAUUACACUAGGAUUUCAUCAUAGGUUUAAAACCAGGACAAUACUGCUCUUUCAUUUUUGUUAAAACUACCACCUAGGGACUGUAUUGGUCAUACGCAUGAUUGUUGCUGCAAGGUGCUACUUACAACGAAUGAUACCAAGUAAUAGGGAUCCCAUCUGCAACUCCCAACCUCUCCUCUCUCCACAUCAAUAGGCAUCACUGAUAAAUCAAUCUUAUGUACAAUUUCUUACAGCUAACCCUUUUACCUUUGGCAAGAUUACUUACAACUCAUACAACUUUUUAAUAUUGAGAACUAUUUAAAAUAUUCUAAAUGCAUAAAAAUAAAGAUUUUGGCUUUUUUGAUAUAUAUUUAUAAUAUUUAUUCUUACUCAAAGUGGAAGCUCAACUUUACCCCUAAAAUAUAGCUCUGCUGGGCAGCUGCUGUGCCCUCCUGGGAAUUCUGGCAGCACGGCCUGCCUCUCGUCCCCAGCCCAAGCACAGGCCACCAUGUUCUUGAUCUCUAAGACAGGCCAGUGAGAGGCGGCAGGUGAAUGGCCUGAAAAAUGAAGGGUGAUUGUUUUGCUUCCCGUUGUGUUUUAUAUUCCAGUAAAUGUGCUUUGAAUACAGAUUCCUGUUCAGAUACUCUGCCUCUCUGCUGCCAGAGAUUUUUAAGGGGCUGAGGGAGCAGGAGGGGGACAGCGGGCAACAUUUCCUUGACUUCUUUAGCCCAACUGCAAGACAACUCUUCUCUAGGAAUGUUUCUUCCAUUUUUUUCAAAAUCACCUCUCCUAGCACUCUGUGCCUGGACAUGCUCCUUAAGACCUUUGGGAUUAGUGAAAAGUAUACUGACUGGGAACACAAAGUUCCCUUUGCUUCUUUGACCUCUGCCCCUGCCCUUGCCUAAGUAUGGGCAAAAUACAUAAGCCAUAGAGACUACUUAAAGUUCAAUUUCAAACGUUUUCUGUAAGUCACUGGAGAAAGGGUUGGUGGGAGAGGGGUUAGUACGCUGCUUGGACUUGCUUUCUAAUGCAGCCCACUGGGCUUCGAAGGGAUCCACCGGGCAGGCCCCUGCAGGAACCUCUGUGUGCUUAUCUCCCGAGGCUAACCUGCCAUCGUCUACACCAUUGAAAGCUGCAGAACCGUUGAGGUGCUGAGCAGGAGGGUUAAAGAAGGGACUGGCAGUAGCACUGCUUGUCUCAUACUGAGGGAAUGUCUGCUGCUUGACCAGGCCGGGAGACUGAUGGGAGUGGGCAGCCUGAGGGUGGCCUGCAGUGCCAAACACGUUGGCUACCAUCUGGGAGGGAGUGAUGCCCACCACAGGCACAUUAGGGGCUGGAUAGGGCAUCCCAUUGGCCACAGGAUAGGACUGGGCAGGGACAAAGGCUGGUGGCAGGGGUGGGACCACACCCACUGGUACGGGCUGAGAGGUGAGGAAUGCAUUCCCUUGGAAAGAUGGCGCUGGCUGGGUGAUGGCAGUGGGUGGAGGAGGCUGGAGAACUGGCUGCAGAGAGGCAGCUGAGGCCUGGGGCUGCUGCGCCCGGACACUCUUGGACACCUCUUCUAACCAGCGGUCAGCCUCAGAGGGAGUGCGUCUGUGACCAGCCUGGAAGAGACCUGGAGAUGCGGCACCAGAAGACUGACUCCACUCGGUCCCUGAAACCAAUGAGAUCAAGAGAGACAAAAGAAUCAGAAUCGUUAGGGGCUUCUUUCCUUACCUGAUAACCUUGGUUACCUGAAUGAUCCUAACAUGUGGAACAAGUGCCCCUAAUGGGACACUUUGUAGUUCUAGCAGGUGUGAGAAAAGUCUCUAUUACCAGCUGAGGAGGUUUUGCUUUAGGACAAAGGAAACCUGUCAGACCAUGCUGCUAUCGCAGCCACACUGAGGAGCUGUCUAGAUAGGGCUCAGACCCCAUGGAACUAAGGCAGCUGGCUGGCAUCUGAAACCCCUUCCUAUUGCUGUGGCUCCUCCGUGCUACAGAAAUUGGCCUGCACAUGCUCUAAAGAGCCCAAGGUGAUUCACCUUUUGCUCUAACAGAAUAAAAAGAAAAUAACCAGGGACAUGGUGCUGUACUUUGUGGCCCCUGUCUUGCUUCGAGAGACAUGUUAUCUUUCAGGUGAACUGCCUUUAUUACUAUUAAAAUUUGUUUUGAUUUCAUAGUUAACAAAUGUUCAUUACAGAAAAACUAGAAAGUAAAGCAAAGCAAAAAACAAAGCUUUUUCUGUAGGCCUGCCAUUGUAAGAGGCAAGGUUCCCACCCUUGUUAUGGGCAUAUCCAUUUAUCUCCAAAUCCAGUGGUCAGCUCAGGGUUGGGCCCAGGAAUCUGUAUUUUGUGAAAGUUCUAAGGGGUAGUUGUGUUCUGUAGCCCUAGAAACUAUCAGUCUAAUCUCUUGAGUUCCUCUCCUUCACCAUCCUUUCCUAAUAGUUUAUUUCCAGGAGGGAACACACUUUUCCUGAAAGGAUUCCUCCCCGGUUCCCACUUGGGUAAAUGGCUGAUUUCUGAAUCGGCGUCACUUAUCUGAUCCCAGAAUCCUCACCACCACCCAUGGCCACCUUACCCGAACGUGUGGCUGCAAUUCCCUUGUUAGCAGCAUCAGGGGCAUGGGCCCAAGGGUUGGUUUCACGCACAGGCAUUGCUACGGGUGCUAGAGCAGUAUGGGCUGGCUUAGCAGCAAGCACAUGGAAGGCUGAGUCAGUGCCAUUAGCUACAAUGGGAGCAGACAACAUCGAUGGAGUUAAUUCAUGCAGGGUGAAUGGGUGACCCCUUGGAGCUCGGUCAGGCCGAUGUGCGAUAACGGUGGAACAGAUAAGACAGAAAAGUUGGUGUUGGGAUAACCAUGCCAUCUUGCAAUGGAUACACAAACCUUUGGGCAAAGAGGGAAUUAGAGGUAAUUAAAAUAGCUAUACUGAUAAAAAAGUCAAAUGACUGUUCUAGGAAAAUAUGUGAACAGGGAGAGAGGGAAUGAAGCCUAGACAAACAAUUUCCAAUUAAGUUGAACAGAGCUGCUCUGUCUUACAAGCAGCAAAAAUCAAUUCUAGGUAUAGCUUAGCCGUUGGCAUAAGAUGUAGAUAAAGCAUUUCCUUCUCCUACCACUUUUCCAAAAGAUCAAAUUAUGCCAACAAUAACAAUGGGUUAAAUAUAAUGAUCCUCUAUGAUGUGCCAGACACUAUGUUAACAGUACUUAAGCAUUCAUCAUCCUAUUUAAUUCUCUCAAAAAUCCCAUAAGGCUGGUAUCCUCAUACUACAAAUGAGAAAAGAAAUUUGGUAUGUAUUUUCAUUUGCUUAAUAAAUUUUUAUAUUUUCAUUUGCUUAAUGUUUAAUUCGCUACAGAAUUAAUUUCACCUCUUUGAAGUUUUUUUCCCUCAGUAAUGUUCAUAAUAUCUCAAAGCACUACUAUUCUUUCCUGUCUCUCUUUAUGAAAAUCUCUUAAUCCUUGCUCCUUUACUCCAGACAUCUUUUCCAUCAGUUCCUAUUCCUUAUCCCAGCUCUCUAUCAUAGUUAGUAUGGAGCAAGCACCUUCCCCUGCCCUAUACUUCAAUCACUCCCUCUUCAAGAUGGGCAACCAUGCUUAUGGCAUCGGUAUUACUUACCCCAGGGCUUGUCUUAAAAGACUAGCUCACUCAUAGACUGGGAGCCGCUUGUGGGCAGGGAAAGGACUACGUUCUAUUAGUUUUGUACAUCCCACUGUAAAUAGGCACUGUAAAUUCAGAAAUAGGUAGCGGAACGUAACAGAUAAUGAUAUUCAGAAAGACCUGGGUUUAAAUCCUGUCUGUGCAAUUUGGGAAAUUUAUUCAACCUCUCUGAGCCUCAUUUUCCUGAUUUGUAUUGCUUACCUCAAACGGUUGUUGUGGGGAUUAAAUGAGAAAAUGCUGAGUCCUCAUCAUGAUGUGGCAGGCACUGUGCUAAUAUCUGCUCAAUAAAUUGUGCCUAUCGUUGGUAUUAUAAACAUUUGUUGGAUGAAAUGAAAAGCCAUUUGGUGCACAUGAUUAUAAUAGAUUGUUUGUUUUUGUUUUUAAAAGAGACUCUCUGAAGGAAAAGCAUUGGUAGCUUCCUCAGAAAGGAAUGGGGUACUGUCUCCCCGUUUUGAGCUCUUUCUCAAAAGAAAUGAAGAAAUGGCGAUUAUAAGAGUUCAAAUUCUAGGGGCGCCUGGGUGGCUUGGUCGGUUAAGCGUCCGACUUCAGCUCAGGUCAUGAUCUCACGGUCCGUGAGUUCGAGCCCCGCGUCGGGCUCUGUGCUGACAGCUCAGAGCCUGGAGCCUGUUUCAGAUUCUGUGUCUCCCUCUCUCUCUGCUCCUCCCCUGUUCAUGCUCUGUCUCUGUCUCUGUCUCAAAAAUAAAUAAACGUUAAAAAAAAAAAAAAA